AAUACGGCAUGGCAGAAGCCGGACAGCAAGGCCGCCGCCAUCCCCUUGGAGUCCAAGGACCCCAGCUACGUCCCACCUGGCGCGUAUGGCAUGCCACAGCAAGCUCCUUACGGCAGCCAACCAGCUGUCGGACCAAGACGAGAGGCAUUACCUCCCUACCGUGGCCAGCCGUUGCGGAUAGAUCCUCCCCAGGGCCGACCCCUACUGACUGACGACGACCGGCCGACAGCCUCGACGAUUCCCAGUGCAUCGGUUGCGAGCCCCGAGACCAAGCUAUCCGCCAUUCCCUACACCCCAGCGAACGCGUUCCCGACGCCGAUCAGUGCUCAAGGGCCUCCUCAUGCCCCCUUCUCGGAGAGAAAGGAUUACCAGCGUGUGCCCCCGUUGCACGACAUUAGCAGGACUGUACCGGAACCGGAGACGCCUCAUCCUGGCAACACGCUGCCGCAAAUCAACAUUCUGCACCCCACGAGGUCGAACAGCCCUAUUCCGCAGCCUCCAGCAACUAGCAAUGCACAAGUCGCUGCGCAGCUAGCCUUGUCGCACACCCAGUUUUCUUCCAGUCGGUCUAGGACGACGAACAAGGAGGAUAUGCUUGCCGGCAAGCUCUACUACCCGUUCGAUAAGGAGCUUGUCCUUGAGCGCGAACGGUGCAGCGCCGCAUGUUGGCGAUUCAACAACUCAACGAACCCCAACAACGGUGUCUCACCAACGGAGCGAGGCCGCCUGUUCCGUGAGAUUUUGCAGCCUCGCGACCCUAUCCAGCUUUCACCGACAGUCGCAUCGCCGGUGACCAAUGUCGGAAGAGUGGGCGAGCACGUUAUUGUGGAAGCGCCAUUUACUUGCGACUACGGGUACAAUAUCUCUAUUGGAAAAAAUGUCGUUGUUGGCCGAAGUUGCACCAUCAUCGACACCUGCGAGGUCAGGAUUGGCGACAACUGCCACAUUGGACCGAACGUUAGCAUUUACGCAGCAACGCUACCUACCGACCCUAAGAAGCGCCUAGGUAGCAAGGGCCCUCAACUUGGCAAGCCUGUGACCAUUGAAGAGGACUGCUUCAUUGGCGGAGGAGUCAUUAUCUUGCCAGGCGUCAGGAUUGGGCACGGAAGCACCGUUGGGGCCGGUGCGGUUGUAACCAAGGUAUGUUGGACAUGCGGUCCCUAAUCAUGAAACUCUAGUCUAACAAAUUCUGCAGGACGUCCCUCCCUUCACCAUCGCAGUCGGCAACAACGCCAGAAUUAUCCGCGGCAUUUCCUCCUAAGACAGCACUUGGUCUCUGUCUGCUUCCCUGUCUCUUCCUCGCUGCUAUGAUACCCAGCUGCGUCUUAUUGUACAAAAGCGUGUGUGUA